GGAGCGGGAGCUCCAGAGCACAGCCUCUUCUCUAGGCGGCCCCGGCGGCUUCCGCUGAUUGGCGGCGAGUUGGCCAAUGAGUGCGGGGCGGUGGGCGGAGGGGCCAAUGGCGGUGCGGGAGGGGGCGUGUCCCGGGUGCCCCUGGCGCCGGCGCUGGGAAUCCCCGUGCGGUCAGUGGCGUUUCCGCUCGGGCAGCGGGCUGAGUGAGCUGCUGCCGCUGCCGCCGCCGCCGCCGCCGCCGCCGCCGCCGCCGGGGGAGGGGCGGCCGCCGCCCGCCUGCGCUCAGAGACUCACGCAGCCCCAGUCCCGCCAGUUCGCCAACACUGUAGUGCCGGCCCCCCUUCCUUUCCUGGCCCUUCCCCCUCCCCGGCUUCGGCUCGCUCCGCCUUUCUGCCCCCCACCCCCACCUCACGGGCACGGGCCAUUCCCGGCCAGGAAACGCCGUGGCGCCGCGUUGGGCCUAACUCGAGUCCUGCUGCCUCCCGGGAGUGCCGUGCGCCGCAGCCCGGGCCCAGGCCUGGGACAAGGUCUUCAGAACUACUGGCAGAUAAUUUUGGGGGACUUCAUAUUCAGAGGUCUAUAAAAAGGAUUCCUCAUGUCCAUAACAUGUUGGUUGAGGCUCUGCAGCUCACCCCCACUCUCAGAGUGGCCAGUCUCUGAUAAUUGGACCCCGUGAUUUCCACUCUCUGCUGUGUUGGACGUCAUGAGCAUUGCAAUCCCUCUGGGAGUCACCACACCAGAUACAUCCUACUCAGAUAUGGCUGCUGGAUCAGAAAAGGAAGUGGAAGCCCCCUACCUUUCAAGACGAAGUGGCACUACACCAGGAUGUGAAAGUCCAGCGAAAGAGACCCAAGGGGCCUAGGGGGCAGCACACCCCCAGAAGCCAAGUCUAUUCCAGGCAGUACCAGGGAUUAGGGUCUGGGCUGGAAAAAUCCUGGUGUUUUGAAUAUGUUCAGGUCCAGUUCAGACUCUUGAUCCCACAGCCACUUCUUGAGUGAGGGUAUCCUGUCUUGGUAGUGAAUGGAAGAGGGCCUGGUCCCUGGGGCAGUGCAGAAGGCACUUUCAUCAUCUCACUCACUGCAAAUGUCAUGUGAGGUUUCAUGGAAGUAUUAAGAGAUCCAAUUAAGAAGAAUAGUUCUGAGUCUAAACCAGCCCAGAGUGGCUUCUCUAGGGGAAACUCCCUGCUCAGCUGCCCUGAAUCUGUGGAGGCUAGUCCAGCAGUUAAUGAGAAGAGCGUGUAUUCCACUCAUAAUUAUGGGACCACUCAGAGACAUGGGUGUCGAGGACUGCCUUAUGCUGAUCAUAAUUACGGAGCCCCUCCUCCUCCGACACCUCCUGCUUCUCCCCCUGUCCAGACGAUCAUCCCCCGUUCUGACCUGAAUGGCCUGCCGUCGCCCGUAGAGGAACGCUGUGGAGACAGCCCGAACUCUGAAGGAGAGACUGUUCCUACCUGGUGUCCUUGUGGUCUUUCUCAGGAUGGCUUCCUUCUCAACUGUGACAAGUGCAGGGGAAUGAGCAGGGGGAAGGUUAUUAGACUUCAUCGGCGGAAGCAGGACAACAUAUCAGGUGGGGAUAGCAGUGCAACAGAAAGCUGGGAUGAGGAGCUUUCUCCUUCCACUGUGUUGUAUACAGCAACACAGCACACACCUACAAGCAUCACCUUAACUGUUAGAAGAACCAAACCCAAGAAGCGGAAAAAGAGUCCAGAAAAGGGUCGUGCAGCACCAAAGACGAAGAAAAUCAAGGCAUUUCGAGAGGGAUCCCGGAAGUCCUUGCGGAUGAAGAAUUCUCCUUCUGAAGCACAGAAUUUAGAUGAGAAUACAACUGAGGGAUGGGAAAAUCGGAUAAGACUAUGGACUGAUCAAUAUGAAGAAGCCUUCACUAAUCAGUACAGUGCAGAUGUACAGAACGCCCUUGAACAACAUCUACAUUCUAGCAAGGAAUUUGUGGGCAAACCUGCUAUUUUAGACACUAUUAAUAAGACUGAAUUGGCCUGUAAUAAUACAGUUAUUGGUUCCCAAAUGCAGCUACAGUUGGGAAGAGUCACUCGUGUUCAGAAGCACCGGAAGAUCCUGAGGGCUGCAAGAGAUUUGGCUUUGGACACUCUUAUAAUAGAGUAUCGAGGCAAAGUCAUGUUACGGCAGCAAUUUGAGGUCAAUGGACAUUUCUUCAAAAAACCAUACCCCUUUGUGCUCUUCUACUCAAAAUUCAAUGGUGUAGAGAUGUGUGUGGAUGCACGUACUUUCGGUAAUGAUGCUCGGUUCAUCAGAAGAUCAUGUACACCAAAUGCAGAGGUGCGACACAUGAUUGCAGAUGGGAUGAUUCACCUCUGUAUCUAUGCUGUGUCUGCCAUCACCAAGGAUGCUGAGGUCACCAUAGCAUUUGACUAUGAGUACAGUAACUGCAGUAAUUAUAAAGUGGACUGUGCAUGUCACAAGGGGAACCGGAAUUGCCCUAUACAGAAAAGGAAUCCCAGUGCUGCAGAACCGCCACUUCCACCUCCUCCAAGCCUGCCCACCAUCGGAGCAGAGACAAGACGUAGAAAAGCACGACGGAAAGAGCUAGAGAUGGAGCAGCAAAAUGAGGCUCCAGAAGAGGAAAACAACCAGCAGCCAGAGCAAAUUCCUGAGAAAGUAAUUGUAUCCAGUGACCAUGAGGCAAUACACAAUCCAGAAGAAAAAGCAGAAGAAGAGAAAGAAGAGAUUACAGAUGACCAGGAGAACCCAGCUCAUAGCAAGAGGACCCGGGAAGAUAGGAAGGUUGAAGCCAUCAUGCAUGCUUUUGAAAACUUAGAAAAAAGAAAGAAGCGGCGGGAUCAGCCCUUGGAACAGAGCAACUCUGACAUAGAGGUUACUACCACCACCUCAGAGACUCCUGUGGGAGAGGAGACAAAAACUGAAGCCCCUGAAUCUGAAGUUAGCAACCCUGCUUCAAACAUUGCCGUCCCAAGCAACCCACAGAGUGUUGGAGUGAACACCCGGAGGUCUUCCCAAGCAGGGGAUGUUGCUGCCGAAAAACCAGUCCCCAAACCACCUCCAGCAAAGCCUUCUAGGCCCCGACCGAAGAGUCGAAUUUCUCGGUACCGGACCAGUUCAGCCCAAAGACUAAAGCGUCAGAAGCAGGCCAUUGCACAGCAGGCAGAGUUAUCACAAGCUGCCUUGGAAGAGGGGGGAAAUAACAGCUCAGUAACUCCUACUGAAGCUGGAAAUGUAGACAGUUCAGGAGAAAACAGGCAAUUAACAGGGUCUGACCCAACUGUGGUGUCAGUUACUGGAUCCCAUGUCAACCGUGCUGCAUCUAAAUACCCCAAAACCAAAAAGUAUCUAGUUACAGAGUGGUUGAAUGACAAAGCAGAGAAGCAAGAGUGCCCUGUUGAGUGCCCUUUACGUAUCACCACGGACCCAACUGUACUGGCAACGACCCUGAACAUGUUACCCGGUCUUAUCCAUUCCCCGUUAAUUUGCACCACCCCCAAACACUACAUUCGCUUUGGCUCACCCUUUAUCCCUGAGAGGCGUCGAAGGCCGCUUCUGCCUGAUGGCAUGUUCAGCUCCUGUAAAAAGCGCUGGAUAAAGCAAGCCUUGGAAGAAGGGAUGACCCAGACAUCAUCUGUACCCCAAGAGACUAGAACUCAGCACCUAUACCAAAGUAAUGAGAAUAGUAAUUCUUCUAGUAUCUGCAAAGACAAUGCAGACUUGUUGAGCCCAUUAAAGAAAUGGAAAUCUCGCUAUCUGAUGGAGCAGAAUGUUACCAAGUUACUGCGGCCUCUUUCUCCAGUCACACCACCCCCUCCCAAUCCAGGCUCAAAGAGCCCCCAGCUGACCACACCUGGCCCAUCUCACCCAGAAGAGGAGUGUCGAAAUGGAUACAGCCUCAUGUUCUCACCAGUCACGUCUCUUACUACUGCUAGUCGCUGCAAUACUCCUCUGCAAUUUGAGAACAUAUCCUCCCCUGAGAGUUCCCCUGCGAAUAGGCCCGAGUCCCUGUCACCCGAGCUUUGUCACCGAAAAGACCUGGACUUGACAAAAGUAGGCUACCUUGACUCCAACACUAACAGCUGUGCUGACAGACCUUCCCUGAUAAGCUCGGGUCAUUCUGACCUGGCUCCUCAUCCCUCUAUCGGACCCACCUCUGAGACUGGCUUUACAAGCAGGAGUGGAGAUGGACAUCAGACCCUUGUGAGAAACUCGGACCAGACAUUUCGGACAGAGUUUAACUUGAUGUAUGCCUACUCCCCAUUGAACGCUAUGCCUCGAGCAGAUGGAUUGUAUCGAGGGUCUCCCCUAGUAGGGGAUAGGAAGCCUUUACAUUUGGAUGGGGGCUAUUGUUCCCCUGCAGAAGGGUUUCCCAGCAGAUAUGAGCAUGGUUUUAUGAAAGACCUCUCUCGUGGAUCCAUGUCACCUGGUGGCGAAAGGGCUUGUGAGGGAGUCCCAUCUGCCCCACAGAACCCACCACAGAGGAAAAAGGUAUCCCUGCUGGAGUACCGCAAACGGAAACAGGAAGCCAAGGAAAAUUCUGCUGGUGGGGGAGGUGACUCUACACAGAGCAAAAGCAAGUCUGCAGGAGCUGGGCAAGGCAGCAGUAACUCACUUUCUGACACUGGUGCCCAUGGUGUGCAGGGAUCCUCAGCCCGAACCCCAUCUUCCCCUCACAAAAAGUUCUCCCCAUCUCAUUCCUCUAUGUCUCAUUUGGAGGCCGUAAGCCCAUCGGAUUCCAGGGGCACUUCAUCUCACUGCAGACCUCAAGAGAGUAUCAGCAGUAGGUGGAUGGUUCCCACAUCAGUAGAACGACUCCGAGAAGGAGGGAGCAUCCCCAAGGUCCUCCGAAGCAGUGUGAGGGUGGCCCAAAAAGGAGAGCCUUCUCCCACGUGGGAGAGUAACAUCACAGAAAAAGACUCAGACCCUGCAGAUGGUGAAGGCCCAGAGACACUGAGCUCAGCACUCUCUAAAGGAGCAGCCGUUUACAGCCCUUCCAGAUACAGCUACCAGAGGAAGCAAUGGUGUGUCUGAUGGGUCUCAGAACUCCAAACGAGCACUCACUUGGAAGUUCAGCGAGCCAAUUUGAGAACAACAGUCAAACUAGAAGGGAUUUGCAGUGCGGGCAAAGGUGCUUGGGUAAGUCUGAAGGGGCUGGAGCAGUCUGGGCCCAAGACAAUUCUAAACAGCAAAGCUCCCAGGACAGAGCUCCACACUGAAAAGAAACUCCUGAUAGAAUCCAAAUUGAGCAGGAGAGGUGGAGGAUCACAUUAAAUAAAGUAUUUUGAAUGAGUGAAACUAGGAUUGUCCAUAAAAGUGUUAAAUAACUUACCUUGUUCUUUAACUCCUGAGAGAAACAAGUCAUAGGUUGUUCUGCUGGGGCUUCCCUGGUGGCGCAGUGGUUAAAGAUCCGCCUGCCAGCACAGGGGACAUGGGUUCAAGCCCUGGUCCGGGAAGAUCCCACAUGCCGCAGAGCAACUAAGCUCGUGUGCCGUAACUACUAAGCCUGUGCUCCAGAGCCCAGGAGCCACAACUACUGAGCCCACGUGCCACAACUACUGAAGCCCGCUCACCUAGAGCCCAUGCUCCACAACAAGAAAAGCCACCGCAAUGAGAAGCCUAUGCACCGCAACGAAGAGUAGCCCCUGCUCGCUGCAACUAGAGAAAGCCCACACACAGCAAUGAAGACCCAACACAGCCAAAAAUAAUAUAAAUAAAUAAAUAUGUAAAAAAAUUAAUUGUUCUGCUGAAUGUCAACUGCUAUUGUUUGCACAGUCCAUAUUUUAAUAUUUUACACAUACAGAAAAAAUGUGCUGUAAAACCUUGAAACUAGAAAGAAAUCAUACCUCCCUUUAUUUACCCAUAAAAAUGGGUAACAGAAAGUACCAUAGUCAAAUUCCAAACAGUUACAAGAAAGGAGCAGAAUAAUAUCCCCACAGAUAAAAGCAUGCUAAUGAAAUAGGACAGGAAAAGGAAAUAACAGGUAUACAGAUUGGGAAAACAAAUGACUGUUCACAGAGGAGGACAUAAUUGUCUUAUAGAAAAUCCAAAAGAAUUGACCCCCCCAAAAUAAAAAGAUGCAACUAAUAAGCAGUUAUAGCAAGGUUGCAAGGUAUAAGGUUAAUGAUAUAAAUGUCAGUUGCUUCCUUACAUACGAACAACUGGAAUUUGAAAGUUUAAACACUAACAUUUACAUAAGAACUGAAAAAAUGAAAUAGGUAUAAAUCUAACAAAAUAUCUAAAAGACCUAUAUGGGUAAAACUACAGAAUUCUUGAUGAAAGAAAUCAAAGAACUAAAGAAACAGGGAUAUUCCAUGGCCAUGAAUGGGAAGACUCAAUGUCAGGAUGUCUGAUCUCAACUUGACCUUUAGAUUCGUAAUCCCAAUCAAAGUCCCAGCAGAUAGGGCCUCCCUGGUGGCGCAGUGGUUAAGAACCUGCCUGCGAAUGCAGGGGACACAGGUUUGAGUCCUGGUCCAGGAAUAUCCCACGUGCCGCAGAGCAACUAAGCCCGUGCGCCACAACUACUGAGCCUGUGCUCUAGAGCCCGCGAGCCACAAAUACUGAGCACACGUGCCGCAACUACUGAGGCCUGUGCACCUAGAGCCCGUGCUCUGCAACAAGAGAAGCCACUGCAGUGAGAAGGCUGCCCACCACUACGAAGAGCAACCCUCACUCAACGCAACUAGAGAAAGCCUGCACGCAGCAACAAAGACCCAACACAGCCAAAAAUAAAAUAAAAUCCCAGCAGGUUGUUUUCUGGAUAUCAACAAAAUUAUUCUAAAGUUUAUAGGCAGAGGAAAAAGACCCAGAGUAGCCAACACAGUGUUAAAAGGGAAGAAUGAAGUCAGCCAGCCUUUGAGACUUACUAUAAAGCUACAGUAGUCAAAAUAGCAUGGUACUGGAAUAAGAAUAGACAAAUAGGUUGAUAGAGCACCCGGAAGCAAACCCACACAAAUACAAUCAACUGAUAUUUGACAAACAAGCAAGGGCAAUACGGUGGGGAAAAGAUAGUCUUCAACAAAUGGGGCUGGAACAGUUGGACAUCCACGUGCAAAAAAUGAAUCUAGACACAGACCUUAAACACUCUUCACAGGACUUCCCUGGUGGUGCAGUGGUUAAAAAUCUGCCUGCCAAUGCAGGGGACACGGGUUCGAGCCCUGGUCCGGGAAGAUCCCACAUGCCAUGGAGCAAGUAAGCCCGUGUGCCACAACUACUGAUCCUGCGCUCUAGAGCCCAAGAGCCACAACUACUGAGCCUGCGUGCCACAAUUAAUGAAGCCCGCACACUGCAACGAACAGUAGCCCCUGCUUGACACAACUAGAGGAAGCCUGCUUUCAGCAACGAAGACCCAAUGCAGCCAAAUAAAUAAUUUUUUUUUUUUAAUGAAUCCGCCUGCCAGUGCAGGGGACAUGGGUUCGAGUCAUAGUCUGAGAAGAUCCCACAUGCCACGGAGCAACUAAGCUGGUGUGCCACAACUACUGAGCCUGCGCUCUGGAGACCGCAAGCCACAACUACUGAAGCCCACACAUCUAGAGCCCGUGCUUCGAACAAGAGAAGCCACCACAAUGAGAUGCCCACGCACCGCAACAAAGAGUAGCUCCCACUCGCUGCAACUAGAGAAAGCCCGUGCGCAGCAAUGAAGACCCAACACAGCCAUAAAUAAAUAAAUAAAUUUAAGGGAAAAAACAAACAACUCUUAACAAAAACUAACUCAAUGUAUCACAGACCUAAAUGCAAAACUAUACCUAGACAAUAACAGAAAAUCUAGAAAACCUUGGGUUUGGCGAUGACUUUUUAGAUACAACACCAAAACCACCAUUCAUGAAAGAAAUAAUUGGUAAGCUGGACUUUAAAAUUAACAUCUGUUCUAAAAAAUACACUAACAGAGUGAGAAGACAAGCCACAUACUGGGAGAAAAUACUUGCAAAAGACAUCUCUAAUAAGGGACUGUUACGCAACAUACAAAGAGCUCUUAAAACUCAACAAGUAAACAGACAACCAAAAGCAAUCUUAAGAUUGAGUGCAAUCCUUACCAAAAUUCCAAUGGCGUAUUUCACAGAAGUAGAGCAAACAAUCCUAAAAUAUAUGUGGAACCACAAAAGACCCUGAAUAGCCAAAGCAAUCUUGAGAAAGAACAAAGCUGGAGGCGGGCAUCAUGCUUUCUGAUUUCAAACUAUAUUACAAAGCUGUGGUGAUUACAACAGUAUUUAAAAAAAAAGACACAUAGAUAAAUGGAACAGAACAGAGAACCCAAAAAUAAACUCACGCAUAUAUGAUCAAUUAAUUUAUGACAGAGGAGCCAAGAAUAUACAACAGGGAAAAGGACAGUCUCUUUAAUAAGUGGGAAAACUGGACAGCCACGUGUAAAAGAAUGUAAUGGGACCACUGUCUUACACCAUGUACAGAAAUCAACUCAAUGGAUUAAAGACUUGAAUGUAAUACUUGAAACUAUGAAACUCCUAGAAGAAAACAUAGGCAGUAUGCUCCUUGCCAUCGGUCUUGAUUAUGAUUUUUUGGAUUUGACACCACACAAGCAACAAAAGCCAAAGUAAACAAGUGAGACUACCUCAAACUAAAAAUCGUCUGCACAGCAGAAGAAGGGGAACCAUGGACAAAAUGAAAAGGCAACCUACUGAAUGGGAGAAAAUAUUUACAAAUCAUAUAUCUGAUAAGGUGUUAGUAUCUAAAAAUAUAUAAAGAACUCAUAUAACACAAAAAGAAAAAUUGCAAUUAAAAAAUGGGCAGAGGAUCUGAAUAUACUUUUCCAAGUAAGAGAGACAGAUGGCAAACAGGACAUAAAAGGUGCUCCACAUCACUAAUCACCAGGGAAAUGUAAAUCAAAACUACAAUGAAAUACCACUUCACACCUGUUAGAAUGGCUGUUAUCAAAAAGACAAAUCAGUUCAAUGAAGAUGUGGAGAAAAGUGAACCCAUGUGCACUCUUGGUGGGGAUGUAAAUUUUUGCAGCCUCCAUGGAAACCAGUACAGAGGUUCCUCAGAGAAUUAAAAAUAGAACUACCAUACGAUCCAGCAAUCCCACUUCUGGGUAUUUACCUGAAAAAAAAAAAGACUAACUCAAAAAGACAUUUGCACCCCCAUGUUCACUGCAGCAUUACUUACAGUAGCCUAGAUAUGGAAACAUCCUACAUGUCCAUAAAUGGAUGAAUGGAUAAAGAAAAUGUAUAUUUACAAUGACAGCCAUAAGCAAAAAAUGAAAUCCCACCAUUUGCAACAACAUGGUUGCUCCUUGAGGGCAUCAUGCUAAGUGAAGUAAUUUAGAAAAAGACAGAUACCAUAUGAUCUCACUUAUAUGGGUAAUCUUAAAAAAACAAACAAAAAAAAAACCUCAGGGAUACAGAGAACAGAUUUGUGGUUGGUUGCCAGAGGUGGAGGUUGGGAGGUAGGCCAGAUGGGUGAAGGUGGUCAAAAGGUCAAACUUGGAGUUAUAAAUAAGUCCUAGGGAUGUAAUAUACAGCCUGUUGACUAGAGUUAAUAAUACUGUAUUUGCGGGCUUCCCUGGUGGCGCCGUGGUUAAGAAUCCACCUGCCAAUGCAGGGGACACGGGUUCGAGCCCUGGUCUGGGAAGAUCCCACAUGACGUGGAGCAACUAAGCCCGUCCGUGCACCACAACUACUGAGCCUGUGCUCUAGAGCUCGUGAGCCACAACUACUGAGCCUGCAUGCCACAACUACUGAAGCCUGCGCUCCUAGAGCCUGUGCUUCGCAAAGAGAGAAGCCACCACAAUGAGAAGCCCGUGCACCACAACAAAGAGUAGCCCCCGCUCACCGCAACUAGAGGAAGCCUGCGCGCAACAACGAAGACCCAAUGCAGCCAAAAAUAAAUAAAAUAAAUAAAUUUUAAAAUAAUAAUAAUACUGAAUUUGCAAGUUGCUAAAGGAGUAGAUCUUAAAAGUUCUCAUCGGGCUUCCCUGGUGGCGCAGUGGUUGAGAGUCCGCCUGCCGAUGCAGGGGACACGGGUUCGUGCCCUGGUCCGGGAGGAUCCCACAUGCCGCGGAGCGGCUGGGCCCGUGAGCCAUGGCUGCUGAGCCUCCGCGUCCGGAGCCUGUGCUCCGCAGCAGGAGAGGCCACAACGGUGAGAGGCCUGAGUACCGCAGGAAAAAAAAAAAAAAAAAAAAUCACAAGAAAACAAUUUUUGUAACGGUGUGAUGACAGAUGUUGAUUAGACAUUGCGGUGAUCGUUUCACAACAUAAAAUAAAAGCAAGAGAACAGAACAAAUACCAAAAGUUAUAAUUCAAGAAAACUUUUCCUUAAAUAUUUCAAACUACAGACUGAAAGAACAUAAUGCAUACCUUGUAAAUUCAACCAAGAAUUCAAACCCAAUAUCAAGACAUUCUAAAAUUGUUGGAGUUUAAAGAAAAGAAAAAAUCUUGGAUAUCUAGGCCUAAAAAGUUAUUUACAAUGGAAGGAAAAUUAAGCUCUGUCAGGUUUUGGUUUGUUUUAUGGCUGCAUUGGUUCUUCGUUGCUGUGCGCGGGCUUUCUCUAGUUGCAGGGAGCAGGGGCUACUCUUCAUUGCGGUGCACGGGCUUCUCAUUGCGGUGGCUUCUCUUGUUGCGGAGCACGGGCUCUAGGCACGUGGCCUCAGUAGUUGUGGCGCAUGGGCUCUGGAGUGCAGGCUCAGUAGUUGUGGUGCACGGGCUUAGUUGCUCUGCGGCAUGUGGGAUCUUCCCAGGCCGGGGAUCAAACUCGUGUCCCCUGCAUUGGCAGACGGAUUCUUAACCACUGCGCCACCAGGGAAGUCCCUCUGUCAGGUUUUUUGACAGCCACACUUUAUGGCAAAAGAGAAUGGAAUAAUAUAUUUAAGAUACUCAAAGAGACUAUGAACCAAAAGUUUCAUACCAACUAUGUAAUAGCAGCAAACUGUCAUCCUUAUGCCAGAACCUGGGAAACUUUAUUCCUGUUAAUUCUUUCUUAGGAAUAUGUUAGAAACUGAGCUGAUUUGGAUGCCCAAACUAUCUUAAGAAACAGCAACAGAAAGUCUGGUUGUGAGUUAAUUAUAUGCAGUUAGCUACGUGUAGAACUAAGAAUGAAUGAGGAAUAUAAGGUGAGACUGCAGUGUCAGCUGGUUCAUGUGACCUAGGCAAUGUAAGUACAGUGCAACUACAAAGAAAUAAGCAGAAAAUAAUAUGGUUUUAGUAGUUAUAUUUGUGGUAUUAUAUAUGAGGGCUUUAAUGUGAGAGGAAGCAAAUGAAUCCAAUGUCCUUGAGAACCAACUAAGAGUCCACAUGCCCCAACUGAGUCUGCAUGCUGCAACUAAAGAUCCCACGUGCCACAAUUAAGACCCGGUGCAGCCAAAUAAAUAAAUAUUAAAAAAAAAAAAAGACACACCAAUUUAAAGAGGCUUCUGCUAACCAGCGACAACAUUUUAAGCAUUAAUUAUGAUAACUGUAACGGAAUCAAGUAUGUUUAAAUCCAUGAGUUCAUAAUGGUACCAAAACAUAAUAAUUGUUCAUCUUGGGAGGAUGUUAGGGAACCAACUCUAUUUUUGAAAACUAGAAAAUAAAGGGAAAUACUCCAGCA